AGAAAAUCUUCAUUUCACACUUAAAUAAAAAAGAAUCAAAAUCGGCAAAUAAAUAUCUCACCCCUCCUCGCUCUCCUCUCUCUCUCCCUCCCUCCCUCCCUCCCGCGAAACCAAACCAUGGAAGAUGCAGAAGCAGUGGUAGCUAACAUGUGGGCUUUGAUGGCGAGCUGGUCCACACCCACUGUUUUCUUCUGUGUCUUGAAUCUCAUUGUCGCCAUUCUGUUCUUCACUUCAAAAAAACCCCUCAAAACUCAUCACAACAAUCAACACCCACCACCACCACAAUCUGAGGAGGCUAAUCAACAACAACACAACCACCAGUACCCACCACCCCAGCAAUUAGUCCGAGCUCCAUCUCUAUUGCAACGACUCAGAUCCUUCGAGUUCUCUCUCUACAGAUCCGAAGAACACCCAGACCAAUCACAGACCCACAUCCAGACCCGCCAACCCGACCCACCUCAGGUGCAAGCUCCGAUUCUCGAUCGUCAAGUGACGAGAAGCAAGUCUGACAAUUCCGGCGGUGGCGAGGCUCCUCGUCGUCCUCCGGUGGGGAAGAUGAAGAAGUGGAAGAGCGAGAAAGUGAGGGUCGAGGAGGAGGAGGAGGAGGAGAGGGAAAGGGAAAGGGAAACGGCGUCGUAUGGUGGUGGGGGGGAGGACGAAGAGGAAGGGGAAGGGGAAGGGGAAGGGGAAGGGGUAGAUGCCCAAGCAGAUGAUUUCAUCGACAGGUUCAAGAAACAGUUGAAGUUGCAGAGGGUUGAUUCGAUUCUGAGGUACACAGACAUGUUGAAGAGAGGGUUAGGAAGGUCACAGGUCUAGUCUAGUCUAGGCUACAUACAGUAUAAUGGAGAUGAAUGAAUGAUGAUGGUCACUGUAGUAUGUAUUGUACUUGUCUCUUGCAUGAUUUGUUUGCCAAUUAUGCCCUUCUCCUUCUGGGCUGCUCUCUCCUUUUUUAUUAUACACGUUCGGGGUAUUUAAGUCAUUUUAUUGUUAGGCAUAUAAUAUAUUUUAUUAAUGGAGGUGACACGUGAUGACAGUCACAUGAAUUUGUAUUGUUUUUACGUGGUUGGCAACGGUAGUAGUAGUGUAGUGAUGUAAUGGUACGAAAAAAUUUACCAAAUUGGCAGAAACCGGAAAUGUUGACGGAAAAGUUGAACAGUA